AUGCUCCUCUGGACUCUCCUCAUGGUCACUGUUGCCGCGACGAGCGUGCAUCCCGGUCGCAACAACCGCCGAAAGUGUCUCGACGUCGAGGGUGCCAACGGCGACCUCUCUCAGGUGUAUAUCAGCAAGGCCGUUACUUUUACGGAUUGCUGUGGCAGUGCGACGCAGGAUUGGGAAGUGCGUCGUGGCACGACGUUCAUCAAGCUCGCCGGUACUGACUGGUGCGUGGAUGUUGGCACGCACCGCCGCCCGCCGUACGGCUGGCACCCCGCCAAUGGUGAGCUCGCCAAGCUCUACCCGUGCGGCACGCUCGGCCACGAGGCUGGCCAGACGUUCGAGUUCAAGCGCAACGUUUUCUCCGUCAAGGAGAAGGCUCUGGGUGACUUCUGCCUCGACCUGCGCGAUGGCAACCUCGGGCCCGGUAACCAGCUGCAGAUGUGGAACUGUUACAAGCACAACCAGAACCAGGUCUUCUCGAUCUCGUAG